AUGCUCAGCUUUUCCAGGCGAUUUCAUGCGGUUUCCACGCAGUUGAAAAGACCCAUUGAUUUGGUCGAAAAGGCAGGACGAAGUAUACCUAAAUUGAAGGCGACUCCCAAUUUGUACAACCCAAAAAGUUCUGCGCACAAUUACCGAGGCGUCAUGCGAGCCAAAAUCGAGCCGGGAUUGUAUCACCACCCUUCACAGUCGUUGUCCACGGGCUCGAUCAAUAGCGAAACGAUUCCCAAAGCAUUUCUGCCCUCCAACGAUCCUAGAAGACAGUUUUUGGACGACAUUAGAAGCGGAGACCAGGUGCAGGCGCAAGAGGGAGCUGUGCUAUGUGCGUCAAAGGAUAAAACUUACCAUUUGGAACCAAAUCAAAUAGCCGAAAUUAUCGCACUACGCGCUGAAAACCCAGAGAAAUACACCAGAAAGGCGCUUGCCAAACAGUUCAACGUUUCACCAUUAUUCAUUUCGCUGGUUUCAUCUGCGUCAACGCAAAGGAAAGCAGAAAUGGCUGGUCGUUUGCACGCAAUCAAACAACAAUGGCAUCCAAAACGAACCCUGGCGAGAGACGACCGUAAGAAGAGAAAAGAACUAUGGUACAGAGCUUGA